GGGCUGUUUUGGGGGGUUUUUGGGCUGUUGGGCUCAGCCCCUCCCGCCCAGCGCGGUCCCCAUGGCCUCGACGGCGCGGGAGGAGAUGAGGAGGUUCUGGGAGAGGAACGAGCGCUCGGGGCGGCCCCUGUCCCCCCACGUCAGCAUCUACAAGUGGUCUCUGCCCAUGGCCAUGUCCAUCAGCCACCGCGGCACCGGCGUCGCCCUCAGCCUGGGCGUGUCCCUGUUCUCGCUGGCGGCGCUGCUGCUCCCGGAGCAGUUCCCUCAUUACCUGGCUCAGGUGCGGGCGCUGAGCCUGGGCCCCGCCCUGCUCUGCUCGGCCAAGUUCCUGCUGGCCCUGCCCUUCUGCUACCACACCUGGAACGGUGUCCGCCACCUGGCCUGGGACCUGGGCAAGGGGCUGAGGCUGCCGCAGGUGACGCAGUCGGGGCUGCUGGUGCUGGCCCUGACCCUGCUGUCCUCGGCCGGCCUGGCCGCGCUGUGACAGCCCUGCCACGCCCGGGGAAGGUGACACUUGCUGCCCGCCCGGGGAAGGUGACACUUGCUGCCUGCCCCUCCCGGGGAAGGUGACACUUGCUGCCUGCCCCGGGGAAGGUGACACUUGCUCCCCGCCCGGGGGAAGGUGACACUUGCUCCCCCUCCCCAAAACCGGGAUGAGCAGAGCUGCCCCUCCUGCCCCGCCCCCCUGCCAGCAGCGCUGCGUGUCCCCUGCGGUGUCCCCACGUGUCCCCGAGGCCGGGACAAUGCGGGAUCUGUGUCCCCACGAGUGGGAUUGGCGGUGGCAGCGGGAAUGGGGCGGGAUCGCAGCGGGACAAGGAGCUCCAUUGAGGCAGCGCCCCACGGGGGUGGGUGACAGGUGACAUCGCGCUGCCACCCCGGGGGUCCUCAGCCCCGUGGGAAUUCCAUGAUUCAGCCCAUUUUGGGGGAAAAUCCCAGUUUUGGAGCCUGCCUUGCCCCGGGGAGGCAGCGUCCCACGGGGGUGGGUGACAGGUGACAUCUCACUGCCACCCCGCUGCCACCCCGCUGUCACCCUGCUGUCACCCUGCUGCCACCCCGGGGGUCCUCAGCCCCGUGGGAAUUCCAUGAUUCAGCCCAUUUUGGGGGAAAAUCCCAGUUUUGGAGCCUGCCUUGCCCCGGGGAGGCAGCGUCCCACGGGGGUGGGUGACAGGUGACAUCUUGCUGUCACCUUGCUGCCACCCUGCUGCCACCCCGCUGCCACCCUGCUGCCACCCCGGGGGUCCUCAACCCCGUGGGAAUUCCAUGAUUCAGCCCAUUUUGGGGGGAAAAUCCCAGUUUUGGAGCCUCCCUUGCCCCGGGGAGGCAGCGCCCCGCGGGGGUGGGUGACAGGUGACAUCUCGCUGCCACCCCGCUGUCACCCUGCUGCCACCCCGGGGGUCCUCAGCCCCGUGGGAAUUCCAUGAUUCAGCCCAUUUUGGGGGGGAAAUGCCAGUUUUGGAGCCUGCCUUGCUGGUUUCCUGGUGGGGAGGGGUUUGUCACCUCAGGCCUUGUCACCUGUCCCCUGGGCAAUAAAGCAGCUCUGGUCCUCCA